GCUACGUCUCACUUUACGGCUUUUCUCAUCAUAACCGGAAGUUUUACAGCAGCGGCCGGGAGAGAAACAUAAACAGAGGUUCAGCCGUGGUAACAUUCUGGAUCUCAGCUGACCCCUGGAACCUCCCUGCCCUGAGCCAAUGCUGGAUCUGGAGGUUGUGCCAGAGAGAUCCCUGGGCAACCAGCAAUGGGAGUUUACGUUAGGAAUGCCCCUGGCUCAGGCAGUAUCAAUCCUCCAGAAGCAUUGCAGAACCAUCCGGAAUGUGCAGAACCUCUAUAGCGAGCAGUGUCCUUUGAAUCAUGACCUCAUUCUCAGCCUGACUCAGGAUGGGAUCAAACUGCUGUUUGAUGCUUAUAAUCAAAGGCUGAAGGUGAUAGAAGUCUAUGAUUUGACAAAAGUAAAAUUAAAAUACUGUGGAGUUCACUUUAACUCACAGGCAAUAGCUCCCACCAUAGAGCAGAUCGAUCAGUCAUUUGGAGCAACGCAUCCAGGAGUAUAUAACUCAGCAGAACAACUGUUCCACCUCAACUUCCGUGGUUUAUCUUUCUCAUUUCAACUGGAUUCCUGGACAGAAGCUCCCAAGUAUGAGCCCAACUUUGCCCAUGGAUUGGCAUCAAUUCAAAUACCCCACGGAGCCAUGGUGAAACGUAUGUACAUCUACAGCGGUAACAGCCUCCAAGAUACAAAAGCACCGCCCAUGCCGCUGAGCUGCUAUCUGGGCAAUCUGUAUGCGGAAAGCGUGGAUGCUCUGCGAGAUGCAUCGGGGCCCCUAGGACUGAGACUCCGGCUACUCAGCACCGGUUGUGGUCCUGGGGUGAUGGCUGAAGCCAAAACGCGGGUGUCUGAGCGUUGUGUGUAUUUCGGAGAUUCCUGUCAGGAUGUGCUGAGCACACUCGGUGCCCCACACAAAGUCUUCUACAAGUCAGAGGAUAAGAUGAAGAUUCAUUCCCCGUCCCCCCACAAGCUAGUUCCUGCCAAGUGCAAUGAUUAUUUCUACAACUACUUUACACUGGGAGUGGAUAUUCUUUUUGAUGCAAACACACACCGAGCCAAGAAGUUUGUAUUGCACACAAAUUAUCCCGGACAUUACAACUUCAACAUCUAUCAUCGUUGUGAUUUCCGGAUUCCAUUAACAGUGAAGCGAGAUGGCUGUGAAACGCAAACAGAAAUCUGUACAACCUACAGCAAGUGGGACAGUAUUCAAGAACAUCUGGGACACCCUGUUGAGAAACCAGUUGUCCUUCACCGAUCAUCCUCGCCAAAUAAUACCAACCCAUUUGGAUCUACCUUUUGUUUUGGUCUACAGAGGAUGAUUUUUGAGGUGAUGCAGAACAACCAUAUAGCAUCGGUUACCCUCUACGGGGCCCCAAAAACCAGCGGGCAGCAGAAAUCCUCUGAGCUGAGCCAGUAAACACAGAUAUGUGUGGGGUGGUACAGCCCAGCGUGCCUUCACUUGUUGACGGAUACCCACACAAGAAACAGCAGUGUGCGCCGUUGGCAGAGCGGCACAGCGCUGUAUGGAUUGUGGGUGUUUGCAGCCGCAACGUCAUUUCCAAUUACUGCCAGGCAUCCUCCUUGCAGCAAACGCACCCUCCAAGUCUCUGUAAUCUCUACUACCGAAUGUCAGGGCCGCAAGGGAGCUCUCUGCUGCGUGUAUAAGCACAAACAUGCACGAGCCGUGUGCAGGGACAGGACGUAAGACGCCUUCGUGUUAGUGUUAUUGGAUUACGUGAUAGUCACAUCUGUAUAUAUUAAUAUACAUGGGUAUAUAAACACAUUGAUAUUUCUGUGGUUAAGGACAGUCUAACAUGUAACUGGUGUGUGUAUAUGAACAUAGAUUUAUAUAUACAACCACACAUUCAGGUACCGCAUCAUGUGACUUUAAAUAUGGAGUACACACAAACUACCGUCAGCAUCUGUGUGUCUGUGCACAUAAUGAACAUAAUGAAAUGUGUUUUUCCUCCCAUAUGGCAGAGGCUGCAGCCCCUGAUCCUAUAAAGAUUCAUUCUGUUCCUGAAUAAUGACACAGAUCAGAGGGGGAUUAUCCUUUCUUGAGACUUUUUUUUUUCUUGACUGUAUAUAAUGUAGUGACAGAUUUUCAUCUGUGAUAUCAGCAUUUAAAAGGAUCACUCAGAGAUGCCCAAUACUGUAUGUCUGGAACAUGACUUUGGGACAAAUAAAAGAUAAUUCCCCUUUAAGAUCCAGGAUCAGAAUCUCGCCAGUUUUAAAGAUAGUGGUCAGGGGAGCCUCUCCAUACAUUGCCGCCACACAGCCGGUAUUUCAGGCAGGCGGCGGCCAUUGGGUAUUGGUACCUAUCUGUGCUCUGCACGUUGAAGUGCCUCCGUCCUCUACACACAACCGAGGCGGACAUUUGGCGGGCUUAGCCAAUAAUAACGAGAUUUUAGCCUAUUAAUUCAUUAGUAACUCCUGACAGAGCUGAGGCAUUCCAUACCUCAUGCCUCAGUGAUGACUACAGUUCCUAAUAACUUGAUAGGCGGAAUAUUGAUUUAGCCAACAAAUCGGCAUCCUCUACUAACCAUAGGUGAAGGACAGACUUUAAAAGGGGCGUUAUGUCUCUGUAUCCAUUAUUUGGGCAGUAUCCCAGAAACCCUGCAGUCCUACCUGUAAGCACGCAGUGCUUGUGGCCUGCCUGCUCGGUGACGAUAAGCACCCAAAUAAAUGUGCUUGUCGCCUGCUUUUUAAUAUUUUUUGUUUUGUUUUUGUUUUUUUAACCAUAUGCACUACAUACACUUUACUUGAUCAGUCAGUGUGUUCUCUCACCAUUACCUGAGGGAUCUUAUGGACAUUCGAGCAAUGAGUGAAAUGCUGAUUCAUACAGCAAGAAGUUAAUCCCCCCUCCCCAUUUUCCUGCACUAAGAAUUACUUGACAAUCUGAUUUUCAUUUUACAACAUGUAAUCUAAUUUUCUUCAUUUUGCUUCCACGUCCAUUUAGUUGUUGAUCAUUUUCUUUGUAACGUUUUGUGUUUCAUUACUCUACUUUUGAUUCUUUUAAUUGAUGUGAUGUUAUUUUCUUAAGGGAAACCUUACGUUUCAAAUGGACACAGCUUUAUUUAGACUUACUGCUUCGUUCAUGUGGCUUCCCCCUCCUCCUCCUGAUCCAUGACGAUUGUAAUAAAAUGUACACAUAAAGUCUUAUCUAAAUAUAUAUUUGAACAGUGUUUCAAAACUGAGGCCAAACACGCUGCAAAUGCACCCUUCUGAUAAUCUAGUCCCCCUCCUAUGAUAGACAGUAGCCAAAGACCUAUUCAGCAUGUGUGUCUGAUGAUUUGCCUGAGAAUUUGCAAGUAUCUAUUAUGCAUUGACCCACAGUCCACGUCCUUUGGUGAUAAUAUGAACUAGAUUAGAUGCAUACAGAAGGCCAGGCAUGGACAUGUACUGCAGAACUCUGGAGCGUCGUAUUUAUGUCCCGUUAGGACUGUCUUGCCUGUUUCCUCUGUAACGUGUUCAGCAACAUGUGGCUUCUUAGCCCCAACUGAGCAUCUCCCAGCAUGCCACAGGUUGCCUAACCGCAAUGCAUAAUAUGCUACAGGCGUGGCAAAAGCAGCUUCCAGCAAAGAACUUGACCGCUAUUACCGUCGGGUGCCGACUGGGAGGGAAGUGAUUAUGUAUAGAAAUGUGUCCCAUUUGUAAUAUUUUGCUGUAACAACUUGUGAUACAUGGACAGAUUUUGUGCAUUUUCCAAACAAAAUAACUGUACAGA